ACAACAUACCUGCAACUCAGAGCUCGACCAAGCCAUCUGCAUGCCACUCUGUUGUUGGGUUAUCAGACGUUUUUUCCGGUACCAAUGACGUUGCAGAGCGAGAUAAGCACCCGGCGCUGCUCCCACUGUUCUCGAUCUUUUACCCACAAAUCUUCGCUCGUCAGGCAUUCAAAGCGAUGUCUGCAGGAUAUAAGAGCUCCAUCGCGCCAGAGGUCGUGUCACCACUGUACACUUGCAAAAGCUGCUUGUGACCGUCAACGUCCAAAUUGUGGGAGAUGUCGAACCCGUUCUCUGGAUUGUGUGUUCACAACGUCACUUGGCUACUGGGGUCAAGAAGGAAAUUUUGAGCUCCAGCCCCAUAAUCGGGCACCGCCAGCUCAGCACAAUACACCCUUGAGGCAGACCACAGAAAAAAUCACUGCAAGCUCGAAUAGUGAUGACGAGUCGCGCACAGUCGUAUCACAGAACCAAGGGAACAUUGCACCGCAGUUAGUCUUAUCCCCUCAGCGACGCCAGGUUUUAUUGGGUACAGCACCAGGUGUCCCGACUUCCGACGCAGCUGUACGACACACAAUGCAUUUCGUGAUCCGGGUCCUGAAAUCCUGGCCACGGCUGAUUGCGAUUCAUAAUUUUGCACUCUUGCCCCCGGUCAUCCACAGGGUACAAGUGAAGGACAGUCUGCCAGAUCCACUGGCAAAUUGCCAUGCUCUCGUCAGUAUGUGGGCUUCACACAAAGUUGAUAGCAGCGUUUUUGUACAAGAAACGAUUCAACGAGAAGUGAAGAGGCUGCUCGACCAGAUGUUCAACGAGUUUGAUCUUCUAGCUGCUGCUCAGUCAAUACUGAUGCUCUUGAUUGUACUGUAUUUCGGAUUCGAACUGACUUCAGAAAGAGAUGCGAGACUACUUGUCGCUACGUGGGACGUGAAGCACGCUCUUGCAGCCACGGGCUUGUUUCUCGAAGAGGAAGCCAGCCACGACAAAAUACCGCCGUGGAGGAACUGGGCUAUAGUUUCGGCUAAGCGACGCACUAUUCUCGCCCUGAAUCACCUCGAGCCCCCUGCCAGCCCCCGCGGCGGGACAUCUCUGGAGAGAGACGGAGGAACGCACGUGGGAGCAUCUUUACAGAGCUUGGGCGAACAAGUGGACCUCGGGAAGCUACAAGAUGGUUGAGCUUUUCCAUAUCAACCCC